AUUUGCAAACCCAUCGGCGACAAUGUCAUCCUGUUUGCUUCGAGGCGCCGUUCUUCGGCGGUCUCUUCCGCAACGUGCAACACAUGCUCUCCCAUUCUCGUCACUUCAUCGCUCUGUUCGCACAUCCGCUGCCAUCCGUGCUCAGGCCGCUUCGAUUCCCGUCCCUUCCACCCCACGACCUGGGCUCCUGCAUUUGCAACCAGCACCCCCCGCUACUUUCCCCAUGUCUGACGGCACGGGUCCUACGCCUAAUCCAAAAUGGACGCCAAAGUCAAAACGAACGGGUGUAGUUGCCCUCAAGAGAGGAAUGACGGCGAUCUGGGAUGAAUGGGGAGUAUUGACACCUGUAACAGUUUUGCAAAUUGUAGAUUGUGAAGUCAUCCGCACCCGUUGGCACGCCGGCUGCGGCUCAUACGUAGUGGAACUUGGUGCUGUCAACCAUCCUCGAUUACAUCGGAUAAAGAAGCCCCAGCUCUUCCAUUAUCGUCGUUGGACAGUUGCACCAAAGCGAAUGAUGACAGGAUUCAAGGUCACACCCGAUGCUUGCUUACCAACUGGGACAAAAAUCAAGGCCGCUCACUUUGUUCCAGGGCAGUAUGUGGACUGCCAAGCGAAAUCGACGGCAAAGGGAUUCCAAGGUGUUAUGAAGCGAUGGGGGUUCAAGGGUCAACCGGCCUCUCAUGGUGUUUCACUGUCUCAUCGCUCUCUCGGAUCUACCGGUAACCGUCACGACCCGGGCCGAGUGUGGAAAGGGAAGAAGAUGGCGGGAAAUAUGGGUAAUGACACCAUUACAGUACAGAAUUUGAGGGUGUUGAAGAUUGAUAAUGAGAACAACCUAUUAUACGUGAAGGGUGCUGUACCGGGGACCGAUGACCGAUAUGUCCGCAUAAAGGAUGCUGUGAAGAAGGGCUGGCAUAACAAAGCAUUUCCACCUGGAAGCGAAGUUCCGUUCCCUACGUUUCUUGGUGAUUCGUCGACGCUACCACGAGAAUUACUACCUCUACCACCGCAAAAAGAUGAGCGGGAUCCAUUCUCAAGACAGCGAAGGGAAAAGGAAACUUAGGUUGUGGGAUGGUGUGCAUAGUGCAGAAUUCUGUUAUUUAAUCAUUGGGCACUAAAAAACAUUUACAUGCAUUGAAUGACGACAUUAUGUCAAGCAUAGGCUCACUAUGUCGAUAAUAGGCUCAUUACCAACAGGCUCUCAGAAUGUUAGCAGCGACAUCAUUGACUGCAACGGCA